AUGACAGACCAUCUGCAAGAACAGGUAGAAAUGGACACUGGCCCUUGUGGAGGCAGGGUUACAAUUCUCCAUCAUAUAGACACAGGAAGAUCCAAAAGAGACUCAGACUUGGAUGAAGUCUUACAUCUGCAGUAUCCUUCACCACUGGUGAAGGAGGAGUUAAAAUGUGUCUGUUUCAAAGGGGAAAAUGAGAACAGUUUUCUCCAGCAGAGCCUUGCCUCUGCAGCCUUCACGGUUGUCAUUUUGUAUUUUGAGCCAAGUAUAUUUCGCUGUAUUCUCCUAAGAUGGGUUCGUCUUCUGGGCUUUGCUACUGUUUAUGGAACUGUGACACUCAAGCUGCACAGGGUUUUGAAGGUAUUCCUGUCCCGAACAGCUCAGCGUAUUCCAUAUAUGACAGGUGGGAGAGUGAUGAGGAUGCUGUCUGUUAUUCUUCUGGUAGUCUUUUGGUUUCUCAUUGGCUGGACUUCUGCAAUAACCCAAAAUUUGGAGAGAAACAUUCCACUCAUUGGUCAAGGGCAAACAUCUGACCAUCUGAUCUUCAAUAUGUGCCUCAUAGACCGCUGGGAUUACAUGAUGGCUGUUGCUGAAUUUUUAUUCCUCUUGUGGGGUGUUUAUCUCUGCUAUGCAGUGCGGACAGUCCCAUCAGCAUUUCAUGAGCCACGUUAUAUGGCAGUUGCAGUUCACAAUGAGCUCAUUAUCUCUGCUAUAUUCCAUACAAUUAGAUUCAUUCUUGCUUCAAGACUUCAGUCUGACUGGAUGCUGAUGCUGUUCUUUGCACACACACAUUUGACUGUGACAGUCACCGUUGGGCUACUUCUGAUCCCUAAGUUUUCACAUUCAAGCAAUAACCCAAGAGAUGAUAUAGCUACAGAAGCUUAUGAAGAUGAGCUUGAUAUGGGUCGGUCGGGAUCCUAUCUGAACAGCAGUAUCAACUCAGCAUGGAGUGAACACAGUUUGGAUCCUGAAGAUAUUCGGGAUGAGUUGAAGAAACUGUAUGCUCAGCUUGAAAUCUAUAAAAGGAAAAAGAUGAUUGCUAACAACCCACAUCUCCAGAAAAAAAGGUGCUCUAAAAAGGGCUUGGGGCGCUCGAUAAUGCGGCGCAUUACAGAAAUCCCCGAGACGGUCACCAGGCAGUGCUCCAGGGAUGAGAAGGACCUGAUGGAGCACAGUGCUGUGAAGAACUUGGCCACACUGAAGAAAAACCCACCGGAUUCCACAACUUCUGCAAAGCCAAAAGAAGAGACUUUGAAAAACAGAGUCUUUUCCUUAAAAAAGUCCCACAGCACUUACGAUCAUGUUAGGGAUCAAACAGAAGAACCAAAUGGCUUAACUACAGAAAGUGCAGAAGUUAUAGCUGCUGAGAAAACACUUCUGGACUCCUUGAAUGGUAACAAAUUAACCAAAAACGCUCCUGAAAAAGUUGAAGCUGUCUCCACUGAAUCAGUCCCUUUGGUGUGCAAAUCUGUAAGUGCGCAUAAUUUAAGUGCCGAUAAGAAGCCUCUGCAUCCAAGAACAUCUGUGUUACAAAAAUCCCUCAGUGUUAUUGCUAGUGCCAAGGAAAAGACUCUGGGACUAACAGGUAAAACACAAAGUUUAGAAGAAAGCACUAAAUCUCAUAAAUCUCAGCAGAAGGGUAAGGAGGCUAGCAAAAAGCACUCAGCCUCCGAUAAAGGGGAACAUAAGGAUUCCCACCGGAAAAACUCUACCCAAUCUGAGGAAACAAAGAAAACCCAUAAAUCUGGAAUUAUUAAACAGCAAAGGGUUAGUCAAACACCUGCAAAUUCAGACACAGGCCCAGAGCCAGAGAAAAACCACCCUUCCCAGCCAAAGGGGAAGACUCAUCAUAAGCUGAAGACACCUGAGGGGCACCAACAGUCAAAUCAAAAGAGCUCAGAGAAGGUGGAAGCAUCCACUCAGGAGACACAAGAGCAGCAGAUCUUUGAAAAUGAGAAAAAUCAGUCAAAUUCCAAGACCCAGGUCUCUCCUGGGCUGAAGUGUGAGAAUGUUAAUAGAUAUACACCUAAUACCCGUGCUGGGGAGCAGGAGGAGCUGCCCCAGAAAACAGCAGAAAAGGAAAACCUCAAUAAAUUGGCUGAACAGAAAAAAAUUGUCUCUUCUGAGGGAAAUGUGCUUUCAUCUAACUCCCAUAAGCCAAGUAGUUACCUACAGCAACCUUUAGCAUCUCGAGCUGAAGUCUGCCCUUGGGAGUAUGAUACAGCAGAUUUACCAAAUGCAGAAAGAAGUGUAGCUUUAUUGAACACCUCUGCUAUAAGUGCAAAUAAAACAGCAGCACCUCGAAAAUAAGAGGCUUUCGGACUGAGGAGAGUAGCAACAUUGAGAAGACAGACAACAGGAAAGACAGAGGGGACUUAGGCCAAAAGGAUCUGAAAAUUCCUAAGGAGCAUCACUUAAAUUAAGGGAAUCAGCACUUCAAAUAAGUAGGAGUUUAAGCAAAGUAAAUUAUCGUUAUUGUUGUUAUUAUUUAUAUGUUGAGUGCCAAUAAUGUGAUUAGCAGUGCCCAGAAUGUGGUCCCUGCUCCAAGGAUUUUACUGUGUCAAUGAAAGAAAUCUGCCUUUGUGAAAUCAAUUCUCUUUUAAAAGAAAAAAUAAUAAGAUGAUAGCAAACGCACAGUGUAGAUCUUAACCAAAUUAUUUCUGGAUGCCGUAACUGGCUGUAACUCACCCUUGGGACUUUAAAGAUCCAGCAGAAGUGGGA